GCUACACUUCCACCACCAACAAAAACCACCCAUUGACCCCAAUUGACCAUGAACGCAGCGCCUCGACUUGCGCGGAGCUCGGCCCGAGGGGCUUCUUCACCAUGGUCAUGCUUUGUCUGCCAGAAUGCCCGACCGAAACCCCAGCGAAAUGCCUUCAACUUUGCCCGCAAUGCAUCGAAUAACGCCCGCAGGCCGGGACAGCCUUAUACACCUACGAUGGAGGAGAUUCGUGCGCAUUAUAGCAAGAAGAACAGGACGAUAGCGUACUAUACUUUGAGUACAAUUCUCGGAUUUGUAGCUCUCACUUAUGGCUCUGUGCCCCUCUACAAGAUGAUCUGCCAGACUACCGGCUGGGGUGGUCAACCUAUACGUGCCCACGGCGGUCCAGGGUCAGGCGACGAAGGCGACCUCGCAAGCCGACUCGUCCCCGUCAAAGAUGCCAAACGCAUCAAGGUUACUUUCAGCGCCUCAGUCUCCGAUGUCCUGCCCUGGAAGUUCGUCCCUCAACAGCGGGAAGUGCGAGUUCUCCCCGGCGAGACCGCGCUGGCUUUCUACAAGGCUACCAAUACAAGCGACCAGGACAUCAUUGGAGUUGCGACGUACAGUGUGACACCUGCCCAGUGUGCGCCAUACUUUAGCAAGAUCCAGUGUUUCUGCUUCGAGGAGCAGCGCCUCAAUGCGGGAGAGACUGUGGAUAUGCCCGUGUUCUUCUACCUGGAUCCUGAUCUGCUCAAUGAUAUGAACAUGAGGGGCGUAGAGACUGUGACAUUGAGCUACACUUUCUUCAAAGCAAGAUACGAUAACAAUGGGCGAUUCCAGAGGCCCAUGUCUUCGUAGUUGGGACCAACAUGUUGAGUUAAAUGUACAUUACACUCCUCUUGUAAAAUAUAUGCAUACCAUACAGUUAUUUCGAAUUAGACACAUCUGCUUUGACAAUGACGAUUAUGACUCUUUGUUACAUGAAUCCAAGUCAAUGAACUGCAUCUCCUUUCUAGGAUCAAACUUCCUACUACAAAGUCUCAAAAUUAUUCAAAAAUACCAUUGUCAAUUCCACAUCAUGCAAAUUCUUCUCAUCUCUCAUCAACUUGACG